GCUCUUCAGCCUGCCCGGAAAAAAAAGGCUUAGUCUUGGGCGUGUACAGUGAUGAUGAAUGUGAAGGGUUGGAGCUAACCCCCGCUGCUGAAAAGUACAACCAGAAGUGUCAAGGCAGGCUUUUAGAACAAAUUAAACUGUCGAUGUUUUUCUCUUAACUACCUCUAAGUCGUCAAAAUGGCUUCAAGCCGCGACGGUCGUAGUAGUUCCGCCUCUUCGCACAGUAGUUCGAACGUGCCGACAAAUCGCUCGUCGAUUCGCACCCCAAAGCGUCAGCGUUCGACAGCCGGGGGCGGCUCCUUCGAGGAGAAAACGACCGAUUUUUCCUGCCCCGUCUGCUUCAACCUGAUCGAGGAGGCUUACAUUACGAAAUGUGGCCACACGUUCUGCUACACCUGCAUUUUAAAAUCGAUCGAAGCCCUCAAACGCUGCCCCAAAUGCAACGCCCCGGUCACCGGCGAAGACAUGAUCUUCCCGAACUUCCUCCUCAACGAACUGAUCAGAAAGCACAAGACUCGCUUGAACAACUUCGAGGCUUUGGGCUUGAACCGCGACAGUUCGGGGGAGUUCGGGACGUCGGCCGACGGUUUACGGGAUUUUGUGGCAACGGAAUCGCAGAAUUUAACGUUGCCGGACGUUAACGUAAUGUUGGAGGUUCUGACGCAACGGAAGCAACUCCUGGAGGCGGAGUCGUGUGCCGCGCAAAACCGCCUCCUUUUGGAGUUUUUGAAGCACUUGCUUAAGCAAAAGAAGGAGCGGCAGGCGCAGAUUAUCAAGGAGAUUGCGAUUAUUGAGCAUGACAUUGAGGAGGUUUACAAUAAGUUGAAGGAGGUGCAUAGCAAGUGCCCGACUUUGGAGGAUGUGGAGCGGACGGUGGCGUCGGCGGCGGACAAUGCCGAUGUCAGUGCGAUGAAGAAGGAAAUGAUCGAUUUGAUUGAUACUAUAGGUAGUUCGACUGGUCGCAAAGAUGACACGACGAAUCCCGACGCCCCGCUUCGGCUAGGUUCGACCUCGCUGGCGAUGCGCCGGCGGCGGAUGCACGCCCACUUUGACGACUUCGUCGACUGUUACUUCACCUCACGCUCCAAAGACUUGUUCUUCGGCAAAGACGGGGUCGAUAAGACUAAGACUACUAUUAAUACGGGUCUCGACGAAUUCCGGGAGAAUUUGAUCAAAUUCUCGCGCUAUAACUCGCUCCGGGUCCUCGCAACGUUGAACUACUCGAGUGAUUUGUUCAACAAUUCGACCAUAGUCUCGAGUAUCGAAUUCGAUAAGGAUAACGAGUUCCUGGCGAUUGCUGGAGUGACGAAAAAGAUCAAAGUUUUCGAUUACGGUGCUGUGAUUAAGGAUACGGUCGAUAUACACUAUCCCUGUAUUGAAAUGCUCUCCAAGUCGAAAAUCUCGUGCGUGAGUUGGAACACGUACCAUAAGAGUAUUCUGGCGAGUAGUGAUUACGAAGGGACUGUGACGAUUUGGGACGCUUCGACCGGUCAGCGCACCAAGACCUACCAAGAGCAUGAGAAGCGCUGUUGGAGUGUUGAUUUCAAUGAGGUUGAUACUCGGUUGAUCGCCUCGGGUUCGGACGAUGCGCGCGUUAAGUUAUACUCGCUCAACGGUGAGCACUCGAUCGCGACUCUCGAAGCCAAAGCGAACGUUUGUUGUGUUAAGUUCAAUCCGAGGAGUUCUUGUCACUUAGCGUUCGGUAGCGCUGAUCAUUGUGUUCAUUACUACGACUUGAGGAACAUGAAGGAGGCGGUGGCCGUGUUCAAGGGCCACAAGAAGGCAGUGAGUUACGUCAAGUUUCUCAAUAGUGAGGAUAUCGUGUCGGCGUCGACCGACUCGCAGCUUAAAUUGUGGAAUGUUAAUACUCCGUAUUGCCUUCGGUCGUUUGUCGGACACAUUAACGAGAAGAAUUUUAUCGGAUUGGCGACGGACGGCGAUUAUGUCGCCUGCGGCUCGGAGAAUAACGCCAUGUAUAUUUAUUACAAAGGCUUGAGUAAAAAGUUGUUUAGUUAUAAGUUUGAAGCGAUUCAAGGGGUCUUGGAUCAGGAAAGGCGGGAGGAUGAUAUGAACGAAUUCGUUUCGGCUGUUUGCUGGAAGCAGAAUUCGAAUGUUGUCGUUGCGGCGAACAGUCAAGGGAUUAUUAAUAUUUUGGAACUGGUUUAGGUGAUAGUCUAGCACGGCAUUAGGACAAUCAACUGUUCUUGGCAUAUCCCGGAUUGUAAAUUUCGUUACAGGAUGUGCACAGGAAAAAUCGGUUUAAUAACUAAAACUUGGAUGGGGGACUAUUUUAUUUUUUACGUACAGGGGGCGAAAAUAUUUACUGUUUUUAUAGCGUUACUAUCUCGAAACUUAAUAGUCGCACAGAGAUCAGCGUCCGCUAUUAAAUCCCUUAUUUUUAUCUCUAUGCAUGUGAAUUUUUUCAUAAUUUUUAUAUCCUUCGUUAUUGAAAUUUUUAGUUUUUUUUUACGGAUUUUUUGUACAAAAAAAUAUUUAAGCAACUUUUCUUUUAAAAUGAGAAAUUUUAUUCUUUGCAGCGACUUAAUUAAUUUUAAUUAUCAGGAAUUGUAGAUACGUAUAAUAUGUAUUUGGAAUAAUAGUAAAUAUUUUCAUUAAGUACUGCCUGUAUAAAUAGGGAGUACCGUGCCUGCAGUAAAAUUUGUGACUAAAAAAUGUUCGAGUCUGUUGGUUAAUUGAAGGCAUGGUGGCUUAGUCCCGAAAUUUAUUGGUGUUACCGCUUAUAAUUUCCUAUAACAAUUUUGGAAAUAGCAAGGCUAUUUUAUUAAAAAUCGAAACACGAGAAAUAGCUGCCGUAUUUGUCUAUUGCUUCGAGAAUUGGGGUAGGAAUUGAAGUGUUCCCUCUAGUGAGUGCCCUUGUUUCGUAGCGCCGCUCUCAACAAAUAUCAUUCUCCCAGCAAAAAAGUCUCCACCUCAUAAUGCCCAAGUGUGCCAAAUUUCAGAGUUACAUACGCACAAUUUAGCGAAUAGUAUAAUACGUGUGAGACAAAACCAGUCGUAGUUCGAUGUACACAAGACUUCACAAGUAUAAAACCAAAAAAAAAAUUGCUCAUUAAAUUAUAGCGUAAGUAUUUUUAGCAAUAUAUGUGCCAAUUUUGUGUUGUAAUCAUGUUAUUCUUAGUGUGUAGUCUGGCCCACUAGUGAUUUGGUUAAGGAAAAAGGCAGUUGUUACUAUGUUUUACUCCAUAGAUGUGUUGCUCUUGUUUACUUCGAAUGUUGAAUUGAGAGUAUACCCAUAUAUUUUUUGUAGAAUUUUUUCGAGCUUCAAAUUGAGAAAAUAUAAGUUUGGAGUAUUUUGUGUAUAUAUGUGCAUAGAAAAAAGAAUAUAAUGUAAAAAACCGGCAUUUUACUGCCCGAAAAACCGUUUUAUAUUUUUUAAAAUGAACUAAAAUGUGAUUGAAUUUCCUCGGUUGAUUUGCGGUAAUUGUAUUGCACUAUAUUUGUACGUGUCGUCUGGAGAGUCAAUGUUCAUUGUGAUCAUAUAGAUUUCACGAUAUAGUCUUUCUCUCUAUAACAAAAAUUGUUGAAUUAAUUUGUGAUCCAUUUAGGUAAAUGUUUUUAUUGUUGUAAGUAGUUGUAUAAUAGCAAUAAAGUUUCUCAUUGCCCAAAAA